AUGAAUAGCGGGGCCCCAGGGCCGCUGGCCGUGGGGAGAGUGAAAUUCUUCGGCCGGCACCGCGGGGAGGUCAACUCCUCCUCCUUCUCUCCGGAUGGCCAGAGGCUGCUGACAGCCUCUGAGGAUGGCUGUGUUUAUGGCUGGGAGACCCAGAGCGGGCGGCUGCUGUGGAGGCUGACUGGCCAUGCAGGCCCCGUGAAGUUCUGCCGCUUCUCCCCUGAUGGCCGCCUUUUUGCCACCACCUCCCAUGACUGUACCAUCCGGCUGUGGGAUGUAGCAGAAGCUAAGUGUCUGAGUGUCCUCAAGGGUCACCAGCAGAGUGUGGAGACGGUCAGCUUCAGCCCUGACGGAAAGCAGCUGGCAUCGGGUGGCUGGGACAGGCGGGUGAUGCUCUGGGAGGUGCAGUCUGGGCAGAUGCUGCGCCACUUGGGAGGGCACCGAGACUCCAUCCAGAGCAGUGACUUCGCACCCAGCUCAGACUCCCUGGCCACUGGCUCCUGGGACUCCACUAUCUGCAUCUGGGACCUCCGGAUGGGGACCCCAGUGACCUUCCACCAAGAGCUGGAGGGCCACAGUGGCAACAUCAGCUGCCUGUGCUACUCGGCAUCUGGCCUCCUGGCUUCUGGCUCCUGGGAUAAGACUAUCCACAUCUGGAAGCCCUCUACCAGAAGCCUGCUUGUUCAGCUCAAGGGCCAUGUUACCUGGGUGAAGAGCAUCGCUUUCUCCCCUGAUGGGUCACAGCUGGCCAGCGCUGGCUACUCCCACAUGGUCAAAGUCUGGGACUGCAACACAGGAAAAUGCAUUCAGACCCUGAAGGGAGUCCUGGAUGUGGCCCAUGCCUGUGCCUUCACCCCAGAUGGGAAACUCUUAGUGUCUGGAGCUGCUGACCAGGCAAGAUGCCAAGUCCACUGCUCGAUCAAAUCACCCAGAGCCUCUCGGAUAUAACAUCACAAUGGUUCUCAGAUCUCAAGCCCGUCU